AUGCAAAUAGCCAAUGACAUAAACACGGCAAAUUUCAGCAUUGAUGUCAAGGCGACAAGCAAGCCGUCGCAACCAUCAGAACUGAAACUGACCACUUUGGACAAUAUCGCUACCCUUAAUUUUAAACAAGGGUUCAAUGGAGGACAUGAACAAACUUUUGUUUUGCAGACGUCGCUAAAUUCAGAUGAGUCAUGGAUGAACAAAACCGUGAUAAAUGAAUCAGAUUCAAAGUAUAUAAAUGGAAAUGGAAGGUUUCAAGUACAUUUAACUAACCUAGUUCCAGGAAUAUAUUCCGCUAGACUGUUGGCUUUUAACUUUUUGGGAGCUGCUGAUCCUGUCGAGUUCGAAGAGCAAUAUGAGAUCAAGGAGUUGAACGAAGGCCAGCCUUCUCUACCAACAGAACUGACAUUGACCCCUAUGGACAACACAGUUACGUUUGAGUGGAAAGAAGGGUUAAACGGAGGACAUGAACAAACAUUUGUUUUGGAGACGUCGCUUAAUUCAGGUGAUUCAUGGACGAAUAGAUUCACCAUCAAAGAAUCUGAAUCAAAGUACCUAAACGAAAAUGGAAAGUUUAAAGUGAACUUGCCAAACCUAGAUCCAGGAGUUUACAAGGCCAGACUUGUGGCUUUUAAUAUUAUCGGCGCUGCUGAUCCUGUUGAGUUCAAAAAGAGAUUUGAAAUCAUUAAAUUAAAUCAAGAAACCUUACCCCGCGACAGCGUCGGUCCAGUUAUUGGAGGGACUGUUGGAGGGAUAAUGGCAGCACUUGUUAUCAGUCACAAUCAGAAGUGAGGGCAGAUAUUCCGGAUAAUACGCACUUGUACAUGCCGUUGGAUGAAUCCAGUUCAAAGUCCGAUGUA